GGGCAUUUUCUCUCUCCUCUCUCCUCUCUCCUCUCUCCUCUCUCCUUCUCUGUAUAUAUAAAGGCUGAAGGGGUAACAGUCCAACACAUUUUUCGCGGUACUUAGCUCAAAACCUACUCACGAAACAUGAACGGCGACAAAGGUCGGCCCAGCAAAAAGUUCAAGUUCUCGAAGGAGGAGUAUAGGGCUUCAGCUGUCGAGGAUGACUCUCAUUUCAUGGAGGAUUUGGAUGAUGAUCUACGCGAUGGUGAAGGGAAAAAGAGGGAUUUCUCCAAGUUGGAACUCAAACCCGACCAUGCGAAUCGGCCUCUCUGGGCUUGCGCGGAUGGUCGGAUAUUCCUUGAGACGUUCUCCCCAUUGUAUAAACAGGCCUAUGAUUUCCUCAUUGCAAUUGCUGAACCCGUUUGCAGGCCAGAGUCUAUGCACGAGUACAACUUGACCCCACAUUCUUUAUACGCUGCGGUAUCAGUGGGACUUGAAACAGAGACCAUUAUUUCUGUUUUGAAUAAACUAUCAAAGACCAAGCUUCCAAAAGAGAUGAUUGAUUUCAUACACAGUUCUACAGCUAAUUAUGGCAAAGUGAAGCUUGUGCUCAAGAAGAAUAGAUACUUUGUGGAGUCCCCAUUUCCUGAGGUUUUAAAUAGGUUGCUUAAAGAUGAAGUCAUAGGACGAGCUAGAAUAUCUUCUGAGGGAAUUCAUGGAAGUGAUGGGUUUACAGUUGGCAAAUCAGCCGGUGAAAUAGAAGGGGCUCAUGAUGAACUGCUAAAUGAAGCCGAGUUGGCAGCUGCAGCUGAAGAAAAAGAAACUCAUUCUUUUGAAAUUGACCCUGCUCAGGUCGAGAAUGUAAAGCAACGUUGUUUGCCUAAUGGUCUAAAUUAUCCCAUGUUGGAGGAGUAUGACUUUAGAAACGAUACUGUUAAUCCUGAUCUCGAGGUGGAAUUGAAGCCUCAUGCACAACCACGGCCUUAUCAAGAAAAGAGUCUGAGUAAGAUGUUUGGAAACGGGAGAGCACGUUCUGGAAUCAUUGUGCUACCAUGUGGUGCCGGAAAGUCUUUGGUUGGCGUUUCUGCAGCUUGCAGAAUAAGAAAGAGUUGUCUUUGUUUGGCUACAAAUGCUGUAUCCGUAGAUCAAUGGGCUUUCCAGUUCAAGUUAUGGUCAACCAUUAAAGAGGAACAAAUCUGUCGUUUCACAUCAGAUAGCAAAGAGAGAUUCCGUGGCAAUGCUGGGGUAGUGGUGACAACAUAUAAUAUGAUUGCAUUUGGUGGAAAACGUUCUGAGGAAGCUGAAAAGAUCAUCGAAGAAAUAAGAAACCGUGAGUGGGGGUUGCUUCUCAUGGAUGAGGUGCACGUGGUCCCAGCUCACAUGUUCAGGAAGGUCAUCAGUCUUACAAAAUCUCACUGUAAACUUGGGCUUACUGCAACCCUUGUGAGAGAGGAUGAAAGGAUUACAGAUUUGAACUUCCUUAUUGGUCCGAAGUUGUAUGAAGCGAAUUGGUUGGAUUUAGUGAAAGGAGGAUUCAUUGCGAACGUUCAAUGUGCAGAAGUCUGGUGUCCAAUGACAAAAGAAUUCUUUGCUGAAUAUCUGAAGAAGGAAAAUUCGAAGAAGAAACAGGCUCUUUAUGUAAUGAAUCCUAAUAAAUUCAGGGCCUGUGAGUUCCUCAUCCGGUUCCAUGAACAACAGCGGGGUGAUAAGAUAAUAGUGUUUGCCGAUAAUCUUUUUGCACUGACAGAGUAUGCAAUGAAGCUUCGGAAACCUAUGAUUUAUGGUGCCACCAGCCAUCCUGAGAGAACCAAAAUUCUUGAAGCAUUCAAAACCAGUCGAGAUGUGAACACCAUUUUCCUUUCAAAGGUGGGUGAUAAUUCUAUAGAUAUUCCUGAGGCAAAUGUGAUAAUUCAGAUUUCAUCACAUGCUGGUUCAAGGCGACAAGAGGCUCAACGACUUGGGCGUAUUCUCAGGGCUAAGGGAAAGCCUCAGGAUAGGGUGGCAGGAGGGAAGGAAGAGUACAACGCAUUUUUCUACUCUCUUGUGUCCACCGACACUCAGGAGAUGUAUUAUUCAACCAAAAGGCAGCAGUUUUUGAUUGAUCAAGGAUAUAGUUUUAAGGUAAUCACGAGCUUGCCGCCUCCUGAUUCAGGACCUGAGUUGAGUUAUUAUCGCCUUGAAGAUCAGCUCGCACUUCUCGCAAAGGUGCUAAGCGCGGGAGAUGAUGCAGUUGGCUUGGAGCAGCUAGAAGAAGAUGCUGAUGACAUUGCACUUCAAAAAGCCCGUCGUUCGGCCGGAUCAAUGAGCGCAAUGUCCGGAGCCAAGGGAAUGGUUUACAUGGAAUAUAGUACUGGGCAUAAAAAGCUACAGGGCCAGACAAAGAGCAAGACGAAGGACCCAUCUAAGAGACAUCACUUAUUCAAGAAACGUUUUGGCUGAUCAAUACAAUGCAUGUGUUCGUCCGCCUGGUGAAAUGGAAAAAGAGCAAGCGGACGAGUUUAGUAUAGGAAAGCUUCGAGAUCAUAGUUACAGCAACUAAUGAUCAGUGUGUACAUAGAGAUGCUUUGGUAUUGGACAUGUUAAUCAUGAAGUGCACUAAGUAAAGUUUGUGACGAAGAUUAUGUGGAUGCAAAGAGUUAAAUGCGUGUAGAGAGUUGAAAAUU